ACAUACACACUAUCACAUACACACUAUCACACACUCACUCACACACAUAUACACUUUAGCCUAUUCCUUUAAAUCUAGAAAGGCUUCUUCUGCCUUUUGCUGUUUUCUCGGCCUCCUCCCCACCUCCUGAGUGACAGCCUUGGCAGUUUGAUCUCCCAAUAAACCUUUCUUUCUUCCUACAGUGAUCUAAUUCAAUGGUUUCACUGCACUCUCAAUUACAAUAACUACUCUAAGUCACUCCACAUGGUCUAAAAUGAUGAUUUCAGGCUGUGCCUUUCCCUGGCAGACUCCAUUUUGAGAAUGCAGGAUGAUUGCAACCCUGGGCAGCCCCAGAAUCUGCAGUCUGUCAGGCUCCACCCAUCCAGCACAGACUGAUAAAUGACUUAUUCCUGGGAGUAGAAAGGGAGCUGACCUAUAUAUUUAUUGGGGGGAGGGGGGAGAUUGAGCUUGUGUUAAAAUCUUAUCAGGGAAAUUAGGCCCUGGAAAUCAUUGGACACACCACCCCUAGGACGUAAUAAAGUGAUGGACAAGCCUGGUCAUUAUCGAUAAGUUCUGCUGGUGUAAUUCUUAUUUCAUAAGCAAGUUUAUUAGUAAAUCCUUUAUAGCAUCAGUGUUCCUACUUCAAGUAUCUCCCACCUCAACACAAGCUACGGUCACCUGAGAAGAGGGACCAAUCAAUUGAGAAAAUGCCUCCAUAAGACUGGCCUGUAGGCAGGCCUAUGGGGCAUUUUCUUAAUUGAUUGAUGUGGGAGGGCCCCGCCCAUUGCGGGUUGUGUCAACCCUGGGCAGGUGGCCCUGCUGUAAAUGAAAAAGCAGACUGACCAAGUCAUGAAGAGUAAACCAACAGGCAUCCAUCUAUGGCCUUUGCAUCAAUUCCUGUCUCCAGGCUCCUGACUUGAGUUCCUGACCUGACUGCCCUGCAUGAUGGACAGUCUGUAAAGUGAAAUAAACCCUUCCAUCCCCAAGUUGCCUUUUUGGUCAUGGUAUUUUAUUGCAGAAAUAGAAACCUUAACUAAAACAGGAUGUAUAGAUGUAUAUUAACUGUGUGGUGUGAUAUGAGGGUUGAUAUUUGUGAUGAGCAUUGCCCUCCCCCAAAAUGCCUUUUAGACAUGAAAAAAUAGCUUAGUCAGGAACCCCACUAUCCCAAGGCUUCACCUGAUAACCAGGACCCAGUGACACCACUCACUCAAGAUAACCAGGCACAGGACUGCCUAAGAGAAGAACCUCACAUUGCCCGCUUGACAGUCUAUAAGCAGAGACCAAGAGCAAUGCAUCGCUCUUCACAUCUUCAGGACAGCUGGGGACAUCGGAGAGAUGCCACCUUGAUCGGCCCUGCAGCUGGAGAGUCUGGCCCUCAAGACUGGCUGUGACCUUCGACUAAGAUAUCUCCUAUAGGUGAGCAGCCUUGGGGAGGUAGGCUGAGGGCGACAGGAACUUGGAGUAUGUUGUUGUAAGGAUGUUGUGUAAUGACCCUCAGCGUUAACUAUGCGUAACUAUGUCUCUGCCCAAGACAUAUUUAGUAAUUAAGAUUGAAUAAAAGAGUUUGAAUUUGCCUCUGCCAGAUCACCGGGGCAGAUACGAUUAUCUGGCCAAUUGCUACCACUGGGACUGCUGAAAAGACAUAUCCAAUGCUCCCCACAGAGCCUGUCGGAAGACUCCUGAGCCUUCCUUCCUUCUUGUUCCUUCCUGCCUUGAAGAAAGGAAACUGGUUCUCACUUUCAAUUCUCGGGAAAACCUGGUUUCGUUUCUCAGUCUGGCUAGCUGCAGAGCUGAGAAGCCGAUCCCGAGGGAGGAGCAGAGCGUUGCCUGGAGACAUCAUUCAGCCUUUCCCCACCCUAGAAGCAGAGACAAGUCUCUCCAUCCCACGGUCUCCUUCCCCAGACUUUCAUCUGGGCAAGGCUGGAAACUUCUCCCUGAGCAAACACACAGAGGAUUCACCCCAAGAGACAGGUUGAUCCUGCAGAGAUGGAUCCAACCCCCGAUCUGUAUGGGACCCCUGGGGACAAGCUGGACCACUUCCUGGAGCACAGCCUUCAGCCCCAGAGGGACUGGAAAGAGGAAGGGCAGGACGCCUGGGAGAGAAUCGAGGGGUUCCUUCGGGACCAAUGCUUCCGUGAUGAGCUGUUUCUGGACCAAGAAGUCAAGGUGCUUAAGGUGGUGAAGGGAGGCUCCUCGGGAAAGGGGACAAUGCUGAACCACAGAUCUGACCAGGACAUAGUUCUGUUCCUGAGCUGCUUCUCCAGUUUCCAACAUCAGGCGAGACACCGAGAAUUCAUCAUCGACUUCAUUGAGGACAAGCUCCUUCACUGCAGGAGGAGCCUGGCGUACAACAUCACUGUGGUUAAACACAAAGAGGGGAAUCGGACCCCUCGCUCCCUGACCUUAAAGGUCCAGCCCAGGAAGAGUGACUGCAUUAUUCGGAUGGAUGUUCUCCCGGCUUAUGACGCUUUGGGACCCUUUUCCCGAGACUUGAAGCCAGCACCGGAAAUCUAUGAAAAUCUAAUAAAAAGUAAAGGCUACCCUGGAGAGUUCUCUCCAAGCUUCACAGAGCUGCAGAGGCAUUUUGUGAAAAGCCGCCCCGUGAAACUGAAGAACCUCCUUCGGCUGGUGAAGUUCUGGUACCUGCAGUACCUGAGAAGUAAAUAUAGAAGAGCAGCAUUACCCCCAAAAUAUUCGCUGGAGCUUCUGACCAUCUACGCCUGGGAAACGGGUACAGAGAGCAGUGAAAACUUCAAUUUGGAUGAAGGGUUUGUAGCCGUGAUGGAGCUCCUCAGAGACUACCAAGACAUCUGCGUAUACUGGACCAAGUACUACAAUUUCCAAAACGAGGUCGUCGGAAACUUUCUCAAACAAGAGCUGAAAAGGGACCGGCCCAUCAUCCUAGACCCCGCGGACCCCACCAACAACUUAGGAAGUAAAAGCGGGUGGGACCUGGUGGCCAAAGAAGCUUCUAUCUGCCUGCGACAGGCCUGUUGCUGGACUGAAGACCCCAGCGGGGGCUGGGAUGUACCGCGAGCAAGGGACGUUCAGGUAAUGGUGAAACAGACAGGAAGAGAAACAUGGAGCCUCUGGGCAGACCCCUACAGCCCCAUCAGGAAGAUGAAGGCAGAGAUCAAGAGAAAAAACAACAUCUUUGGGGAUCUACGCAUCUCCUUCCAGGAGCCUCAAGGAGAUAGGCAACUGCUCAGUAGCCAGAAGACCCUAUCAGAAUAUGGAAUAUUCUCUAAGGUGACCAUCCGGGUGCUGGAGACCUUUCCUCCUGAGAUCCAGGUCUUUGUGAAGGAUUCCAGUGGCCAGAGCAAGCCUUACGCCAUUGACCCUGAUGCUACCAUCUAUGACCUGAAGACGAAAAUUGAAGCUGCUGUAGGGCUUUAUACAGAGGAUCAGGUACUGAUGUUGGAGGAUGAGGCGCUGGAAGAUAAUUACAGCCUUGCAGAGCUACAGAUCAAAGACUGUGACACCAUCCAGCUCAGAAGGGUGUUUUCCCAUACAUACAGAAUGAAGUUCAAGUCUCUUUGCUUAAUAGCCAGUCUUUAAUAUCAUCAAGUUGAGCCCUACUUCCUUCUCCUUCCUGACUCAAAACACACGGGUCUCCUGAAUACUCAAAACUCACACCAAUGCUGAGUCAUGCCUCCAUCACUUUGAGUCAGCUAUCCUUUCUCCCUGACCCAUGUUUUCAUCUUUCAAGAUUCAGACUUGUAAGUCACUGAAUCUCAAAGUACAGACCUCAGAUUGACAAACUUGCCGUCACUCCAGGAGCCCGUUAGAAAGGAAUAUUAACCCGAGCCAGAUAAUCCACUGAGAAUCAGUAUUCAGUGUCAUAACAAACCCUCCAAGUUAUUCUGAUGCACGCUCAAGUUUGAAAACGACUACUAUACAGCCCAUGCAGCUGGCCAAGUCAUCUUAUGCUCAUAUUCUCUCUCUUCGUCCACAGUAGACUUCUGUGAAAGGAAGUGGGAUAUUAAUCACGUUGCUUUGUUAGCUCUAUCUCUCUAGUCUACUGAGACUUGAUUUUUUUUUUGAAUGCCUUAUGCCUUGGCCCUUGUGGUCUAGAAUAGUACCAAUUCAGUGUAAAUGUUUGACAUGUGCCUGCUGAAUGAAUAAAUGAACCAAAGAAUGA